AUGAGCAGUGAACCACAACAACAAAGACAAAUUAAUAUUGUUGAAGAUGAAAAUAAUGCAUUGACAGACUAUGAAGCGGCGUUGUAUGAUCGUGGUAUUAGAGUUUGGGGUGUAGAUGCACAGAAUAGAUUGCGUCGUGCUCGAGUAUUGUUUGUAGGUAUUACUGGAUUGUCUGCAGAGAUUGCAAAGAAUGUUGCUCUGGCUGGUGUAGGUAAUAUCACGGUAAUCGACAAUACCAUCGUAUCAGAGAAUGAUAUCGGUUUAUUUAUAAAUGGUGAUCAAUCAAUUGGUAAAACUAGAUCAGAAGCAGCGAUUUCAGCAAUUCAAGAACUUAAUCCAUUGAUUAAUGUACGUGCAGAAUCUAUUGAGUUGGAUGCUAUCAGUGGAGAGUUUAUUAAAGGAUAUACAUUGGUGUGUGUUGAUAGUCUUGAUAGUGCUGUUCAACUUCGUAUCAAUAAUCUCUGUCGAAUGGAUGGUGUUUCUUUCAUACUGACUCAUUGUUUUGGUUUACAAGGUUAUUUCUUCUCUGAUCUUGGUAAUACAUUUAAAUAUGCUAUAAAGAAAAAGACAAAAGUAAAUAAAAAUAAUAAUAAUAAUAAUAACAACAACAACAAUAAUAAUAAUGAAGAAGAACCAGAAGAAAUUGAAGAGUUAAUAGAAUGUAAAUCAUCAUUCUCAAGUUUAAAUGAUGCUUUAUCAGUACAAUGGAGUAUUCUACCAAAUAGAUUAUCACCACUUUAUUAUGUUUUAUCUGUAUUAUAUCAAUAUCAACAAGGAAGUAAUAAAUUACCAUCAAUAAACAAUGUAGAAGCUAUCAAUAAAGUUUUGGAGACAUGCUAUGAGAGAUAUAACGCACAGACCGACAGACAUUCAGAACUCUUAAAACAAUGUAUCAAACAACUUACUGGUGAGAUUGCGCCUGUUUGUGCAAUACUUGGUGGUAUCGUUGGUCAAGAGAUCGUAAAGAUCAUCUCAAAAGACAAUGAAGUCAUUAACAACUACCUCUUCUUUGAUGGUACCAAAUGUUCUGGUGUCGUUGAACAAAUACAUCCAAAACAUAAUAACUAA